AUGCUCACCAAGUACAUCACAUCCGUGAGCGCCAAAUUCUCGCCCUUCAAUAGCCGCUCAGGCAAGACGGCGCGCAACUUCCUCGCACUCCUCCCGCCCAACGCGCGAUCGACAAUGGCGAUCGACGUCCAGAUGCUGGGUCAGAACGCUGCAGCGACUCCGGCAAGCCUGGCUCUGAAAUUCAAGGACGGGAAGGAGAUGAGUCUGGACCUCGAGAAGAUGAAGAUCAAAGAAAUACAGGUCGAGGUGGAUCGGCAUUCCAGAGUACUCAGGCGCAAGGAAGAACUCGCUGGCUGA